UACUCUUUCAAACUGGAAAAAGGUGAAUAUGUAGCACAGGUGGAAGUUCGACAUCCUGACACGAGCCAACUGGAGCUUUUAACAGAUACUCCUUUACAUGUUCGAGUACUCAUAAGUCCGACUUUGAAUGUUGACCUCAGCUCUACACCGCUUGGCGGAGAAAAUGCAUACAAAUGGGCGAACAAACACCUCACUCCGUCUCAGCAGGUCACUUUGUACGCUGGUAGUAUCCCUGAUGACAAGUUGCCCAAGACAAUAAAUAUCGUGAGCGGAUCGUACAUGACAGGUAGCUUGGUCGUGAUGAGCAAUAGUGGAAGCAAGGCGGUUGACAAGACUGCAAUCACCUACAUUUUUACCGAAUACAGUACCCGCCCAAGCAAAGCUCUUUCAAUGGUGACAUUAAAGGAAAAGAAACCUCAUAAUGAAGAAGAAGAAAUGAAUGGUAAGUGUGUAUCCUUCGAUAUCGUGCUUUGUUUGCAAACGGAGGUGCUGUUUGUGUUCUGUGUAGUCCCAUUUGCAGUUUUCCGGAGGGAUGGAGUUUUUGAGGGUUUGGGGACAUUUUUU